AGAAAAGGGACCGGGCAACUUUGCGAUGAGACGAUAGAUACCGACCGAUUCUACAACAGCCGCAAGGGAACACUUACACGCCCGCCAUGGCGGCACCCAAUUGCCUGAGAUGCCUCUUGCGGCCCUCCCCUGCAAUGGCAAUCCCCCGAAGGCUAGCACCAGUCACAAUAUCUACCGCGCCGUUCUCCUCGUCCGCUGCCACGCUCUACGCUUCCAAGCCCGCGAGCUCAAGCAUGUCGAAGCAUAUACGUGCGGGCAAGAAAAUGAAGCUCGGCAAAUUCAAGAAAAAGAAGAAUAUCGAUCGCGGCAAACCUCCUGCGCCUGGCGAGCGGAAGGCCUUCCGGAAACGCAUAUUGCUCAGCAACAACAACGCCCUGUCUGUUCCGGGCCUGGGGGAGCUCAGCGCCGAUGCAAUGCUUGAUCCCACAAAGACGGGCCGCGUGCUCGCCAUCCCGAACGAACUCGUGGACCAAUUGCGCGCGGUAGAAGCCUUCAAGCCGUCACAGUGCUGGGGGCUGUUCCGACAGCCCUCUAUCCUCGUCCGCGCGGAGACGACGGACCUGGCUAAGAGGAUGCAGGACUCUGCGCGGAAGCAGGAGACGCUCAGAUUGGUUAUUACAGGGGAGAAGUUGGCCGGAAAGAGCACGCUCCUCCUCCAGUCAAUGGCGUAUGGGUAUCUCAACGGCUGGAUUGUUUUCAAUAUCCCUGAAGCGCAAGAACUCACAACUGCGUGCACCGAGUACGCCCCAAUACCGGGCACCGACCCCGUACAAUACAGCCAGCAGUCCUACGCACUCAAGAUGAUGCAAGCCCUCCGCAAAUCUAACGAGCGUGUACUCUCCAGUCUCAAGACGGUCCACUCGCAUCCCAACCUCGUGCAGCACUUCCCCGUGGGUACAUCGCUCUUGCAGCUCGCCAACGGCGCCAAGGAGGCCGACAACGCCUGGCCCGUCUUCAACGCGGUCUGGCAGGAAUUGACCGUUCAGGGCCACGGCCGGCCGCCGAUCCUCUUCGCCCUGGACGGCCUCGCCCACGUCAUGAAGAUCAGCGCCUACCGCUCGCCCGCCUUCGAGCUCAUCCACUCGCACGACCUCGCCGUCGUCCGCCGCUUCGUCGACUGCCUCUCGGGCGCGGCGCCGCUCCCCAACGGCGGCGCCGCCAUCGCCGCCACCAGCAGGGGCAACGCGCCGCGCACGCCGUCCAUGGAGCUGGCCCUGGCCCAGCGGGAGGCGGAGCGCGACGGCACCGAGCCCCCCCGGAGGGAGCCCUUCUCCCGGGGCUACGACGACCGCGUCGACGCCGCCCUGGCGACCGUCCAGGUGCUGCGGCUCAGCAGCGUCGCCAAGGCCGAGGCGAGGGCCAUCAUGGAGUACUGGGCGGCGAGCGGGCUGCUCAGGACCGCCGUGGAUGAGCCCACCGUGAGCGAGAAGUGGACCAUGGGCGGGAACGGCAUCCUGGGGGAGAUGGAGAGGGCGGCGUUGCGGACGAUGAGGCUUUGAGGGGGUAUGUGACGGGCCUAGAUGAUAGAAUGCGGAGCUUCUUUUCCAUGUCUACCUGGUUACCGGGAACUGCUCAUUCUUUCCAUCUGUACGCACUCUGUAUUGUAUAAGAGGGAGAUAUGGAUGAACGAUGUACCAUAAAAUCAUUGCUAAGAUACAUACCCCUUUAGAAAGGGUGCUAUUUUCGGGACUUAGCAGGUUAGAACGUGAUUCUGCGAGAGCUUUGCAUAAAGUUGUCUGCAUAUUAAUUCUUCCAUUUCCUAACAUGAGUCAAUUCGAUCGUCUACAGCUUCCUCUGGUUAUCCCGAGAAAGAUUCCACUAAAACGCCAGUCCCAGCUCCCCACGAAACCCCUACAUGAACACACAAAGCACAAAAGACAUCAAUCAGG